AUGGGUUAUUUUAAAACAUUCGAUAAGCUAUUAUUAUUUUUGAUAAUAAUACAAAUUUACUUUAAUCUCCCACAAGCAGAAGAGAAUAAGGAACAUAAUAUAUUAAAUGAUCAAGAAAACACCAAGAAGAUUAAACUCUGGGAUUUUUUAUAUGAAAGAUCCCUUCAAGACACUAGUUUGGUAAAAUUUCUUCCUCCAAAAGUUCCAAAGAGUUUUAUUUGUAGUGAGGAAAAUAAGUCAGAGUUUUUUAAAUCAUGUUUUAGAACAAUAAGAUCCCUUUUGAAAGAUCAAUGGAAUCAACAAGAAAGCCAGAAAAAGUACAAGAACCCCAAAUUGAUACCUGGGAUGAUUAGGAUUGGCGAAGAACUUAAAUUUUCUCCUCCAAUUUCCAGUGAAGAAAAGCAAGAAACUUACAAAAACCUUAGAGAUUUUUGCAUUAAAAGUGUUGAACAUUAUUUCGAGAUAAAAAAGAACCGUGAGGAAUUCAUUAAUAGAUGCAAAACUUUGAGUGUUACUCCUCCUAAGAUAAGAAAACUUACAAGAUCCAACUUACCCAUAGAUGUGAGAUGUCGAGGAGAAAAUAUGUUAGCUAAAAUGGAAGAGCUUGACCAGAAAAGAAAAGAAGCUAAUGAAAAAGAAAAGGAGUAUUUAGAAAGAAUUUCUCAAGGAGAAAUUGCUCCAAAGGAAGGUAAAGUGCCCUUGCAGGAGAUAUUGAAAAGAUUUGAUAAGGGAAAAGAACAUGUGGAGGCAUCUCAAAUGAUUGAAAAUCCAAGUUUUUAUAAAUUAUGGAUGAAUCAAGACCUUAAGACAUUCCAAAAACUCUCAGCCUUAGAGGAACUUAAAAGAAAUUCAGAUUUUGAGAGCUUAUUUGGUAUUACCAAAGGUCAGGAAGACCUUGAAGAUAGGGAGGACCGUCCAGACGAAAAGAAAAAUGCUCAUGGUACUACUCAAAUUAAGUUCCAGUAUUCCAACUAUGCUAUUCCUGGAACAAGUAGAAAAAUGAGAGGAAAAGAUUCUCUAAAUACUUUGGAAGCUCAGGAUCCAGAGAUCAAAUAUCUGGAAACUUUUCCGCAAUUACCUUCAUUUCCUUCCUCUUCUUCUUCUUCCCCAACUCCCCCUCCUCCACCUCCACCACCGCCACCACCUCCACUCCCAGUUCCCUCUUCUUCCUCUCCUCCUCCUUCCCCUCCUCCCUCACCUCAACUUCCACCUCCUUCCUCUUCUUCUUCUUCCCCAACUCCCCCUCCUCCACCUCCACCUCCGCCACCUCCGCCACCUCCUCCACCUCCGCCACCACCUCCUCCUCCUCCUCCUCCUCCUCCACCCCCUCCUCCAGAAAAUCCCAGAGAGCCAAAGCUCUAUAAAGAGGUCCCCACUUCAGCUUUUAUAGUAGAGACUUCAAUUCCAAAAUAUGGAGAAGUCUUUAUGGGAAAAGGAGCAGUACUACCGAAACUUUUGACACUUCCUCCUAAAUCCAAUCUUCCGGAAUACUUGGAAAUGCCAAAAUUGGAAAACAAAAUUGAGGAGCUAUCCUUAAAUGAAAAAGAACCUUCAAAAAUUUUAGGCUCUAUAGAACCAUUAGGAGAAAAAGAAGAUUAUUUGAGGAAGAUAAGUUAUAUUCAGGAUGAACAAGUUUUAAAAGGAGAACUAUUUGGUGAAAACAAGGAAUUGGGAUUAAAUGGUGAAUUUGAAGAAAAAAACAAGAAACAUAAGAAAGAUUUGCUAAUUAAUGGCCCAACAAAUUACUAUGGACGUCUUAAGAUGAAUAUUUAUCCAAAUAAAUGCUCGGAAAAUUGUGAAAAACGAAUUCAUGAAGAUAAAACACCAAGAAUAAAUAUGGAUAUGAAUUUUAGAUCUAAAGUUAAAAAUCCAGAUAAGCUUGUACCUUUAAAUGAAGUUUAUGUGAUUCCAGAAAUCUAUGACCCAAAUUGGAAAAUGAGUCAUCCAAAAUCUGAUGAUGAGAAAGUUCCAAGAGGCUAUGAUAGACAUGGAUUAUUAGAGCUUCCUUACAAAAAGAGAAUAAAGAAGGAGUUUGCUCAUAAGUUAACUUUUGGCAAAAUCUAUGGUAAUCUAAACGAUGAUGUAAAGCUUGAUCCUUUAAACGUAAAACAACCAUUUAAUGACAAAGUCUAUUAUGUUAAUGUUGGAAGAGUUCAUAAAGUUAUACCAAAUUAUAACUUAAAUCCUCGAAAUAAGAUCGACCCGAAAGAAGCUAGAGAAGAUUAUUACCUGAAUGAUUUUAAUAAUAAACAAGUACUUAAAGAAUUUAUGAAAAUAAUUCAGGAAAAGAAACGUAAGAGAAAAGUUAGAAGCCACGGAAAGACAAAACUUAAAGAUGAGUCAGAUAGGCAAAGAGUUUCUAGUGCCUAUAAACUCCAUAUGAACCCAAAAAAACGCAUAAAUCCUGUUAUACCCAGAGAAUUUGCCCCUCUGAGUGACUUAAAUGAUUUCAAAGUUAUUGGAGUUAAUCCGAAUAAAGAUAGGCGAAUCAGCUUUUCUGAAAUUACAAAAGAAGGCUCCGAAAACGACAAUAAAAAAAAUGAAUCUGAAAAUAAAGAAUUAAACAAACUUAUAUAUGUUCCAGGAAAAGUUGAAGCUAAUGAUUUAUUGGAGGAUCAAAACCAAGAAAAUAGUUUUGAGAAUUUAAAAGAAAAGGCAGUCCGCUUCCAGCUUCCUGAGAAAGAAAACAAACCUAGUAAAAAGUACAUUUCUCCACCUCCUCAGCUAAACCACGAAGAAUCUGAUGAUGAUGAUGACGAUGACGAUGAUGAUGAUGAUGAUGAUGAUGAUGAUUAUGACGAUCAUUAA